AUGAUAGCCGCUCAAGAACUCUCCGAAUUUCUUCAAAUGGAGAUUCGCCUCAAAUUUGAGGAAGAAGUUCUUGAAUUCUACAGAAAUGGAGAAAUCAAAACUGCCCAUUCAAAGAAAAACCCACAGAGGACAUUUCCAGUCAUCAAGUCCACUGUUGAAGGUACAAGAGUGAAGCUUUCGCAAAAGAAAUUGGGAGAAAAGCUUCGCCUUCCCAAUUCUGGAGUUGAAGUUGGGAAAUUUCCCGUCAAAAAUCUGGACUGGAACAUCAUUGGAAUCUCUGGGCAAGCUCUUUCUGGCCCAGCGAAGAAAGCAGACCUAAACAACGAUUACAAGUUGGUUUUGGAACUGGUCAUCGCUUGCCUCGAGUGUGGAAGUGGAGGUCAUGCCAAUGACAUCACCCAAGAGAGAGCCUUCAUCAUCAACUCUCUCAUUACCAAAACUAAGGUAAACUGGGCUGCACACUUUUUCAAUUCCAUCUCAAAGCAUUUGGGAAAGCCCAACCAGAAAUAUCUCUGUCAAGGACUAUACCUUGGACAUAUUUUGGGAUCUAUGGGUAUUGCAUCUAAAAGAAAGAAGUAUGAAGAAAGAUACUGGUUAUAUUAUCUGUCUUCAAAAGGGGAAAAUAGAGCUGGUACUAGUGCCACUGCAGAAGAAAGCUCUUCAGAUAACGUCCCACUCAUCCAUAUGACGAAGACUACCAAAAGGAAGAAAGUGGUGUCUCCCUCCAUUGAAGCACCACAGAAUCCUGCUCCAAUAAAUCUUGAAGAAGAAGAAGAAUCCUCUGACCAAGGAGAACUUCAAAGGAAGAAGAAAAGGAAGAUCAACUCCCCAUCAACAUCUGGAAAUGUCAAUCCGGAUGAGUUGAAGGAGAAGGAACCUGCUGAGGAAACAUCUGCUCAAAACCGAUGCCCUCAACAAUUUGAAGAAGAAAUUCCUCAAGUCCAAAGCCUUCCAACCUCAUCUCAGCCUCAAACAGAUGAUGCAGAUAACCAAUUCUGGCAGCUAUACUAUGAUUGGAAAGCCUGGAAAGUUGGGAAUUCAGCAGAGCAACUGUUGAAUUGGGACCAACAGCUGAAGAAUGAGAAAAUCAUCAAGAAGUGCUUAAGAAUACUAGUCAACCACAACUCUGAACAGAUUUUGGAUGACUACUGGGAAACUUCACAUGCUUCUGAAAUGGUUCUGACUGAAGUUGUUCAAGAGAAGGCAACCUCUCCCCCACAAGAACAGAACCAGGAAACAGCAGCAGAAGAAGAAGAAUUUCAGCCACUAAUCCAAUCUCAAGUUUUGGAGAUUCUCACCACUCCUUUUGAGAUCUCCAAUCCUACUGAAAUUGAGAUCCCGAAAAAGUUAGCUGAAAUUCCGGAACAGUCAGCUCUUCCAGAAACAAUGGAGCAAGCUGUUGAAGCACAGAGGGAUUCUGGAGAAGCUGCAAAGGAAGCUCAAAUGGCAGAACUAGAGGUCUCUGAAACUCAAGUAGCCAUCUCUGAAGAAGAGAAUACAGCUGAAGAAAGAGACUCCCUCUCUAGGGAUAUAUCAGAUUUUGCGCUUGAAACAGAAGGAGAAUCUGAAAGAACACUGAAGGUUACUGAUGAAGAAGAUGUCCAAGAAGAUGCUGAAUCUCUUCCUAUGCAACUCUUCCAAAGAACACCAUCAUCUCAUCAGGUAACCAACUUUCAUUUCCAUAGCUCUUCCACCCCUGCUCUUCCGGAUGAGAUACCGGAAAUCUGGACAAAGAAGGUCCAAGGGCUGAUUGAAUCAGCCCUAGCAUCUCAACAUGCCUCCUUUAGGCAAGAGAUAGAACAAGUGGAAGUCAGGCACACCCAGCUAAUAGAGAAGUCUGAAGGAAAACACAGCGCAGAUCUCAAUGAAAUAAGCAAAUCAGUGCAGAAGACUCUGGAGAUUAUCUCUCUAUUGAGUGAAACUGUGAGCAACACGAUGGAAAUAUAUGCCUCUGACAGUCAACUUCAUCUCAAAGAGAUCAACAAAGUCAAAGAACAAAUAGCGAGUGUCACAGUUAGUCUCCAAAAACAGAUGUCCCUUCUCCAAAUGGACAUCAGAUCUGCCCUAGCAGUAGCUUCUGCAAAUCAGGUAGUGACCAAAGACUACUUGAAGGUGAUCAUUGACAAUCAAAAGGAAGCAUUCAAGCUGUUCAGACUUAUUGGUGCAAACUCUGGAAACCGCAAGAUGGAAGUAAUUCUCCAACAACACAGUCCAUCUCCAAUACCACAGCUCCCUAUUGCAAUCAAAGAAGGAGAAGUAUCUUAUAUUCCUUCUCAUCUGAACUUGACAAAUCUAAUCCUUGAAGCACAGCAAAGAAAUCUGGAAAACUCAGCACAACUUCUAUCCAGCUCAGGACUGGAUGGAACUGAAGUUAUAGGUACAGUUGUUGACCACUUCUCAAAUGAUGCUCAAUCGGAAGAAAGACGUGAAAAUUUAAGACGCAUCAAAGAACUGUGUGGGAACAUGAAGGGCAUCAGUGAAGCUGUCGGAUCUUCAAAGCGCAAGAGAAACUGAAGGUUCUUUACAUCAAAAUAGGGGGAAAGACUUUGGAAAAAUAGUACCACUUUUCUUUUAAAUAUUCACAUUUGUUUUGGUGCUACCUCGUCCUAAGUAGAAAUUAGAACUAUAGGGAAUGAAAAAUGAUAGUCUUA